AUGAUUGGUGUGAGAAGAUUAGAAAAGGCUGAAAUAAAGAACAGAAAGGUGCUGUUGAUAGUAGACUACAACACAAAAGAGCUAAAUGGCAGUGUAUUCAAGGUUGACCAAACGCUUCCGACAAUCCAAUACGUGCUGGACAAAGAACCUGUGGUUUUGUUUAUUUUGACACAUCUAGGAAGACCCAAAGAUAGAAAGAGUCACUCAACACGUCCUUUGUACAACUACUUGAAAGAAAAAAUCAGUAAAAGUAAUAAAAUCAUUAGGUAUGUGCUAGUCUCGGAAUAUUCGCCAUCGAAUGGUAUUAAAUCAAGCAAGGAAGGAAGUAUCCUUUUUGGCGACAAUUCUAGAUACUAUUCUAAGGCGGAAUUAGAGGACUUCUACACCAACUUUGAUAUAAUUAUCAAUGAUGCAUUUGGAUGCGCUCAUAGAGAAGCUCCCUUCAGGGCAUAUGCAGGGUUUCUGAUGAUGAAGGAGAUUGAGGCGCUAAGUCUAGCAUUGGGCUGUGACUUUCUCAUAAUGGGAGGUGCUAAAGUGUCGGAUAAAAUAAAGCUAGUACAGCAGUUCAAUACGACGGUAUUUCUGGGAGGGGCAAUAGCUACGAGUAUCUACAAGAGUAAGGGCUAUGAGGUAGGUAGCAAUACACUUGUAGAAGAGAUUGUAGACAUUUCAAUCAACAACAAGGUAAAUAAUAUCAUUCUUCCUGUCGAUUUUAUUGUUAUAAACAAAGAACAGGGAUAUGAAAAUAAAGAAAUAGGAGCAAUACUAAAAACAGAUACAGUAAUUGAUAUCGGAAGUAAGUCGGUAGAAAACCUAGAGAGAUUGGUAGGCAAGAGUAGGUUUAUUCUCUGGAAUGGGCCCCUGGGAAAGUUCGAGGAUCCAAAAGCUAGAUCCACCCAUCUACUUGUAGAGAAGUUAAUUAAAGGUAAAGCCAGAGUUGUUGCAGGGGGAGGAGAGACAACAAGUGCAAUAUUCAGAUGCAAUGCUUCUGCAGGUUCGGAGCUCUAUCAUAUUUCAACAGGUGGCGGAGCCAUGCUAAGUUUUUUAGGAGGAAAGCAUAUGCCGGGUAUAGAAAGCGUGGAAGAUAAAGUUUGA